AUGGGACUAGCCCGUCGAAUGGGUCAGCUCAAUGGACCAGUUCAAUGGGUCCGUUUCGUCGGUGAACCAGAAUCCUCAGCCCUGUCAAAGCUCGACGGUCCACCGUCGCCGCGCGGCGGACUGACGGCGGCUGCGGCUGCAGUGACCAACGGGUAUGGGCUCGGCAGUACAUGGACGCACAUGCGAUAUCUUAUCGACAACCCGGAGCUCUGCCGUCCUACGGUUCUCUACGGGAUCAUUGUGGAUUCGCAUCGCUGCCCUCGCGAGGGAAAUCAGGGUUCAUUCCAUGGUUGUGAUCCAUCCAGGCCCAACUGUUUGACAUCGGCUUUUGAUGCCCAGGGAAUCCGCCAUGGGCCAGGCCGGUUCCUCAUGCAAGAUGGAGCUUGUCUAGGUAGCUUGUCUGACUUGGCUGCUCCGACAGCCGACCGACGACAAAGGCCCAACCAGAUGAUGGAACUCACUCCCCCUCCGUCGCUCCGUCUCUCCACCUCUCCGUCUCCGUCUCCUCCCUAUGCCUCCCGAAGUUGUCUACCGGCGGUGUCCUCGUCGGACCCCCAUGGGCCGUGCAACUCGCGACCGGACAGGCAUUCAUCAGGCGAGCGACAACCGCCUGAUGUCCAUAUUGCCAAACCGUCGGCAGCGUCCGCCCGCCAGAGUGGGAUGAGGUGUCGCAACCUGGCCCGCUGCAUCGCCCAUCUGACGAGCCCCUGCCUCUUUCGGUCGCCCUUGGCCUGUUCCCUGCAGCCUCCGGUGAUCAUCCUGCGGCGUCGCUGUGUGCGACUCGCCCAGGAUAAACGGCAUAGUCGAAGUAAAGUAUUAUGCACAUGCAGUCGCAUAGGGGCGCAUAUUUCCAUUUCUCGUGAUAUACACGCCGGAGUGUUCCUUGACCGUUUGUGUCAACUGACCGGACCCGACCUCAUCCGCUCGACUCCUGUGGUUCGUUUGCGGAACACAAUUUGUCCACCAUUGUCCUCCUUUCCCGUACUGUUAGUCACCUCAGGCACAUAA